CGCGAGUGACGUGAUCUUGGAACCAGUAGCAACUUACGCAUGGCUGUCAAUGUGAGAGCGAAAUUGUUUUAACUGAUCUUACAACUCAAAGUCAUUCAAAGCUUGUUCGACUUUAAUCAGCUAAUCGUUUAGUCAAAGCGAACGCAAUCAUUUCUACAGUAUUUGGUACCGCGUUGUCGAUUGUAUUCGUGAGUCACGUUAAAUCUGUCAUCGUUAUAUCAGUGUAAAUUGUGCGUGCACAACUGGUAUAAUCACGUUAGCCAAAUCGUUCGAGUAAUUUUAACUUUGUCGAUUUCAAUUAAACGGACGCACAACAUUCGUCAUUAUGUGCGCGAAAAUGGCUUUUCAGCAUCAGGCUGGCACCGCAAUGGAAUGCUUAAGCAUACCGAUUACAUUGCACAAGGAAACAGAAGUUAACGAAAAUGGAGAGGAAGUAAUGAAAUGUGGUUUUAAAAUAGGUGGAGGAAUCGAUCAAGAUUUUAGGAAAAGUCCACAAGGAUAUACAGAUAAUGGUAUAUAUGUUACCGAAGUACACGAAGGAUCACCAGCAGCAAAAAGUGGCCUCAGAAUGCACGACAAAAUUUUACAGUGCAACGGGUAUGAUUUCACGAUGGUCACUCAUAAAAAAGCAGUAUCGUACAUCAGAAAACAUCCAGUAUUAAAUUUAUUAGUAGCUCGCAAAGGUGUGACCAGUACUUAAAUACCAAAUGAAAAGUCUACACGAUAUAAGAGAAGUAUUUAUUUCACUUUAUACACAAACAGAGUCAACUUAUUCGAGCUACAUGUCUGCCAAAUAUCAGAUUAGUUUAUAACCAAUAGUAAGAUUAUCUUGAGUUUAUGCAAACAUAAAAAAAAACAAUAUCUGCUGUUUUAAUAACUGUUUUAUAAACUUUACUGGCACAGAGUGUCUAAAAUUCCAAUUAAAUAGAGAUACAACGUUAAUUCGCACAUAUUCGAUAUUCGUUGAAACGUUUACUUUGCAGGCAUUAUAUUCAUCUUCCAUUGCAGUAGAAUUAGAGCAUUAGAGCAAUAGAUUGAUAUAUAUGUAUAAAAAUCCUGUUAUAGUUCGUUAUUGUUGUUAAAAAGGAUAAUUGUAUAGAAGCGUUUUCCUGGUAAUGUCACUUUCCAUGUGACAGUUAAUAAUGCUAUCAAUGUGUAUAAUUAUGCUUGAGAAACAUAAUUUACAUGUGCCUGCUUUAAUAUCGUACCGUACAAUAUUUAUUGUAUAUCAAAAUUUACAAUAUUUCUUGUGCCAAACAGUAACUUCUACACAAAAUCCAUAUGAAUAUUUCUUACUGUCAUGUAUAUACUUAUAUAUAAAAGUUUCAUAGGAGUUUCAUAGAAUGAAAUUUAUUCGAACAAAAAAUUAGAAACUUCUCGAUUGAUUUAAAUGACAGAAAUAGUUGUAUGGAUGAGAGUCAUAAUAUUUUAAUUCUUUAAGUAUUUCUAUAUUGUAAAAUAUAACAAAAAUGCCAAAGCAUAAUGAAGUUACACUAGUUUAGAUACACAACAUACUUUUUACAAAAUUUCUUAUCCUACUGUAUGACAGUAUACUAUCGUAAGACUCGAACAAAAUACUUCGAAUUUAUGCAUUUAAAACAUUCUUCGACGACCGAAACAAUCAUACGAUACACGUUGUUUUAAUACCAUUAAUAAGUAUUACACUUAGUACAUACGUUAUUUACGUGAAUAAGUGAGGUCAAGUGCAACUAUUGCAUUUAUAAGCAUUUACGAAACAUUUUCUGCUAUUUAUCGUAAUGUACAGAAAGUAAUUGAGAUUGUAAACUUUGAGACCAAUAGAAAUAUUAAAUUUUCUAUUUUGUAAAUUACUUUGACCAAUAAUGAAUGUUUCGAUGCAUUUUCGUGUGCGUUUUUUAUAACUAACAGAAACAACUUUGUAUUUCGCAUUUUUUAACUUUGGCUCCAAGUGUACAAUAAGUGAAACAAAAGGAAAAGUUCCUGUUAUACGUACGACUUUCUUUUGUAUCCCGAUGUUUCUACUAAAGUCACGAUAAAAACGUCAAAUUGUUUUAUAAGAGAUAAUAUAAUAUGUUGUCACAAUUUUAUAACUAGUCUCCUAACAUGAAAGUUGAAAAAAAAAUCGUAGAACAUAAAUUAUUGUAUGCAUGUACCUACAUAGUAUGUUAAGAUUUUUUUUGUAUAGAGCCAUAGUACGACAAAUUACAUGCAUUAGUUUGAUCAAUACACAGAUCUACAUUUAUAUGAAAAUUAUAUGUUAUUUAUUGCCAAAAACGUGAUUAAUAUAGGAAAAUAUGAAACAAAAUUGCAGUUGUGUAUUAUGUAAUAUAAAUAUUUUUCCUUAUUCGAAAUAAUAAUAAUAAUAAUUUACAUAAACAUACGCAACAAUAAGACCUUAUUAGGGUUUUAGGAUCAAGAUAUGAAAAGUAGUCAACUAAUUUUUCCCACGUAUUUCCCACUCAACAUGUUAAUAAGACUAUCAUGUUUCUUUUGAAGCCUGGAAAGUCGAAUUUUAAAAACAGCUUUUUCUCCCCUUAACUUUAUAACUUCGUUUCUUAAUUUAUUCGUGAUUUUAUCAUUUCAUUUCUUUCCUUAUGUCGGAUCUAUAAUUCUCCCUUCAGCGGACCAAUGAGCUUUUGUUUACAGAAUUUCCUUGUUGGACGAGGCAUAGAUAUAAUUUUUUUGUUGUAGACUGUUUUUCGAAUAAAUCUAAGUUAAAUAUUUAACAAAAUUAAAUCAGUGAAGUAAUUAGACACGAUUCGUUAUUUAGAAUUUUUUAAUAUUGUCGCGCCAAACAUCGCGUUUAUCAUAAAAACGCGGUAUAAUACUAGUUUGACGGUACGACUGAA